CCAGAAAUGUAGAAUUGCUGAUUUCAUCACAACUAAAUAUGAAGCCCAAUCCAUUCUCACAUUUUCCCUUCAACUGCUGACCUGGAUCUCCUUUUUCUCCCCAUUUCCAAACCUCCAUUUUUUUGAUUUUAAAAUACAACGCCAUUAAAACUCCAAUCAAAUUAAACAAACACUCAAAUUCGUUCCCAUCUUUUUCAAAUUCAAGCCGAUCCUCAAUUUGAUUGAUCACAAUGCGCAAAAAUCACGGAUUAAUUACAUGAUUAAGAUCUGAUUAGUUCCAAAAUUGGAGUAAUUUAUUCGAAUUUUCCAGUAAACUAGCAGAAAAAAUGAGUGGAGCAAGGUUGUGUGGAUUGUUAGGGGAGCUAGGGUUUGAAGGUCACGAGAAGCUAGACCCAGAUAGCUUUGAAUGGCCAUUUCAAUACGACGAUGCUCGACCUAUUCUCGAUUGGCUUUGCUCCAAUCUUCGCCCUUCUAAUGUUCUCUCUCCUUCCGAAGUUUCUCAGUAUGAGCAAUUUUUACAAGAAGGAAAGUUCUUGGAGGGGGAGGAUUUGGAUUUUGCUUAUGAUAGUAUUUCUGCCUUUUCCGCAAGAAGAGACAAUCAGGAGGCUGUUUUUGGCGCUGAAGAAGGGCUUAAGGAAAUUAGGGAUGAAACAUUGGCAUACAAAACUGAAGCUCUAGAGCUGCAGAGACAGCUUAGCCAGCUGCAGUCUCAAUAUGAUAUACUUACUGGCCAGGCUUCAUCUUUGAUCCAAGGGAAAAGGGCAAGAGUUGUAGCGACAUCUUCUGUCACAGGACAGCUUAGUGCAAUGGAAGAUAGCCUUUCCUCAAGAAAUUUGGAGAUGAAUGCAGUUCUUGGAAGGAUUGUUUCAACUGCACAGGAGUUGGCACAUUAUCAUUCUGGAGAUGAUGAAGGCAUAUAUUUGGCUUACUCAGAUUUUCAUCAGUACCUUAACAGUGAUUCGGCUUGUUCGAAGGAACUAAGUCAGUGGUUUUCCAAGCAUCUGGACUCGGUUCCAUUUCGUCUAGUUGCUCAGGAUGGAAAAGCUAAAUGCUCUUGGGUGAGCUUGGAUGACAUCUCAAAUGUUUUAGUUAGAGAUAUAGAAAAUUGUCAUCAUCAACGUGUCUCUGAGCUGCAAAGACUUCGCUCCAUAUUUGGGACAAGUGAGAAGCAGUGGGUAGAGGCUCAAGUAGAGAAUGCUAAGCAGCAAGCCAUUCUUAUGGCACUUAAAUCCCAAGUUGCUUCUGAUGAAGCUCACAUUCAUAUGGAUCUCCAUUCUCUCAGGAGAAAACAUGCAGAAUUGGUGGGAGAACUUUCAAAUCUUCAUCACAAAGAAGACAAGUUUUUAUCUGAGACUAUUCCGGAUCUUUGUUGGGAAUUGGCUCAGCUUCAAGACACAUAUAUUUUGCAAGGUGAUUAUGAUUUGAAAAUCAUGCGCCAGGAGUUCUAUAUUAAUCGGCAGAAGGCGUUCAUUAAUCAUUUGAUCAACCAGCUUGCAAGGCAUCAGUUUUUGAAGAUAGCAUGCCAGUUGGAAAAGAAAACAAUGCUCGCAGCAUAUUCAUUGCUUAAGAUUAUCGAGUCAGAACUUCAGUCAUACCUCUUGGCAACAAAAGGACGAGUGGGUCGUUGCCAAGCCCUGACUCAAGCUGCGUCCGACGUACAAGAACAAGGGGCGGUAGAUGACAGAGACAAUUUCUUGCAUGGUGUUAGAGAUCUUUUAAGCAUAUAUUCAAAUACCCAGGCUAGUGUCUCAACUUAUGUAUCAGCUCCAGGCAUUGUUCAGCAGAUAUCAAGCCUUCAGUCUGACUUGAUGACUCUUCAAUCCGACCUAGAAAAUUUGCUUAUCGAGGACCGAAAUAGAUGCAUCAAUGAGCUGUGCACUCUAAUUCAGAAUUUACAACAGCUGCUAUUUGCCUCCUCAACAACAGCACUUCCUGUACUGACACCACGGAAAUUGACAAAGGAGCUUGAUGAAAUGGAAAAGAUCAAUGCGAGACUCUCCACUGCUAUUGAGGAUGUUAAUUUUGAACAUUACAAGAAGAAUGAGAUUGUCAAACAUCAUGCAUCAGAAGUCGAGUUCCAAAGGCGUGUUUUUGUUGAUUUCUUCUGUAAUCCUGAACGUCUGAGGAGUCGAGUAAGAGAGUUGACUGCUCGAGUCCGAGCUUUACAAGCUUCAUGAUGUUGCUUGAUCCUUGUGUGCAUGUAUGUAGGAUUAGGGUAUUUUGGUAUAUGUUGUGUGUAUAUGAAGAUUUGGCUGCUAAGGUAUUCGAGUUGUUUUCAAGUUUCACGAUCAGUGUUGUAAAAUUCGAUCCAGUUAGUAAAUAUAGAUCAAUUACAGUGGAAGUAUUCAUCUCUUGCAAUCGCCAUCCAGUUUAACUAUUCAAUUGUUUGAGGUGAUCCUCAUCUAUUGUACUGUAAGAUAAUGUUCUGCAGGAAAAUAUUCAAUCAA